AUGGGCUCUUUCUUAGCUUCUUCUGGCAGAGUAAUCUUGAUGACCGGCAAAGUUAACAUAUCUUUUGAAGACAUUGAAGCUAAUUUUGCACCACCUAUCAAGGAAACUGGAAAAUACGGAACGUUGGAUUUGGCCGAGCCUUUGGAUGCGUGCUCACCGCUGACUAAUAAAAUAAUUUCGAAUACGAAUAAAUGGAGACAUCACUUUGCGUUGAUAGUCAGAGGAGGAUGUAGCUUUGAGGACAAAGUUCGAAUCGCGCAAGAUGCAGGGUUCAAAGCAGCCAUUGUUUAUAACAAUGAUGGCAGCAAUUUGGUUGCAAUGUCUGGAAAUUCAGCUACUAUAAAAAUACACGCGGUGUUCAUUUCCCGAGCUUCAGGGGAAACACUGGCAAAAUACGCAGGUGCAAAUGACGUUCAGCUGUGGCUAUCCCCAGUCGAUGAGAACUCGGCUUGGUCCAUCAUGCUGAUGUCAUUCAUUUCGUUGCUUGCCAUGUCAGCUGUUUUAGCCACAUGUUUCUUUGUGAGGAGGAAUAGGAUUGGGAGAGAAAGGCCUCGAUUUCCAAGGGUUCGUGAGUUCCAUGGGUUAAGUAGUCGUUUGGUGCAAGCCAUGCCGAGCUUGAUAUUUACCGCUGCUAUAGAGGAUAAUUGCACUUCACAAACUUGCGCCAUUUGUCUUGAGGACUAUAGUGUUGGUGAAAGGCUCAGAAUUUUACCGUGUUGUCACAAGUUCCACGCUUCGUGUGUCGACACCUGGCUAACUUCAUGGAGAACAUUCUGUCCCGUCUGCAAACAGGACGUGAGAGCGACACCCGGCGGACCCCCAGCAUCCGAAUCCACACCUUUGCUAUCCUCUGCCUCCUCAUACUCGAUCCUAUCCUCGUCCUCAAGAUCAUCAUUCGCGUCCACAUCAGCACUACCGUACGACAGCCUGGCGCCGUCCAGCCAAGGCUCGGUUGACCUCAGUCAAAGGUCCGACCAAGCUUACUUUCUUUCGGUCAACUCGUUAGGACACGACUCGUCAAAUCAGCCUCGUGGGUACCUGUCUCCUCCAUAUGUCCCGAGCGUGGGGUCCACGAGCCGCCAGCCAGGACAUCUGGACUACUGCGAGUCAACUGGGAGCUUUUCACCAUUUGCCUCGACUAACUCGCUUCCCGGAUGCUGA